AUGUAUUUUAAAGUGCUCUGUAUGGUUUGUAUAUUCGUUUUCAAAUGGAGGUGCCGCGGCGAAACAGUUGACCAAUGCCCAGCACAGGAAACAAUUUCCAACCACGCCCUAAAAGGUUAUACGUUCAAGACGAUAAAAGUCUCGAGUCCGUUUGAAUGUCUAUAUCAUUGCCAUUACGAAGACAGAUGCCAGAGUUAUAACUACUUGAAUGCCGAGGAUAUUUGCGAGAUGAAUAACCGAACCAAGGAAGCAAAGCCAAAUCAAUUUGUGCCUGACCAACGGCGGCUCUACAAGAAACGCAGGGCUCACAGAGGUGAUGUGAUCAUUUAUCUCCGAUAACUUUUGUUCUGCGCAAAUUAAUAAACGAUUUUAAGUAAGAAAUAGUUUAAUUAUUGAAAAAACUAGUAUUCGAGAACCAAAUUUUAAACUUAAAACAGUACUGACUUACCCUUACGGAGAGUGAUAGAAAAAAUAAAGUACGAAAACAAAAAUCAAGUGGCGAAUUACAUUAUUCACCACUUGAUUUUCAAAAUUUGAUAUUUUUAAAGGAUUUUACUGAUCCAGGUCUACUAAAAAUCCGGCUGACCCUCACUAGUUUGUCGUUGUGGUUUUGCCUUCACAAGUGUUUCUAGUAUUCGAGAGUGACUUCUUUUUUGGAACACUCUAGCAUUUAUGACACUGAUCGGAGUUAAGCAACAUAGUUGGUGACAGUUGUGCCAGCCUUGCCUUGUCCCUAGGCCUCAUUAUUCCGCGUAGCCUAUGCGUUUCGGGUCACGUGGUCCUAGCUUGUUUUUGGCUUCGUCUCGGAAGUACCAACCGAGAAGGCCUGGGAAGCCCUACACGGACAGGGAAAGUGACAGCCAAGUCUAUAGGCGUUCUCGGCUCGGUCAGACCUGGAAACUACCGUGGGCUGUGACGUCACCGAGAGAGACUCGACUCGACUCGAUGUCGACUCAAUCUCUCUCCCACCUUUUCCCAAACUUCGCGCGGACAAAGGGCAAGAGAGAAUGCCUAAGAACUAGGUUGAAUUAGUGAGUAUUUUAGAUGAAGAUCUCCCCCCCCCCCCUCCUAUGUUGCUCUUCACAGUUGUCCUCGGCUCCACUCCCUUGCUGCCUGGUGAAUCGUGCCGGGAAAUCAAAGCAAAUGAAGCGGGAGAAGUUGUCAGUGGUAGUUUCUGGUUGGAUCCCAGGAGUUCAGGAGAGGCUGUACUGGCUUAUUGUGACAUGAACACAGAAGGUUUGAGACUCCUAAUUUCUUUGUGUGUGUGAUGUUCAUGAAAUUUCACACAAAACAUUCUGGCCAGGGGUAUUAGUUCCAAAUAGUAACGGUAAAAAAGGAAUGAAAGUUCCGGUCAUAAAUUUAGCCGAAAUUUGAAUUGGUUUUCCCCAGUCAAAUUUUGCUCGUAGUCAAGAAAAACCUUCGAUUAUAAUUGUAAAACUUAGCAUGCGAGGUUUCCUAGACGAGACCAUGGAAAAACGUCUUAAAGAAACCUUGCUUAUGUAGAUAUGAUGCCCCGUUAACUUUCAUUAUCAAAAUGCUUUAUCGUUAGUUGCAGAUUUCUGCUUCCGACAUCAAUGCCAGAAUGGUGCAUCAUGCAUUAAUACGUCCAAAAGCUACAGGUGUUUGUGUGACAGAUUGUGGACUGGUAGCUACUGUGAAACAAUUAUUGUAACAGGUAACAAACGUUCUUCGUCCGUAAAUUUAAAAAGUUACUUUUGCUACUUUUUCUACCACUCAAUUACUCAGUGAUGCUUAAAUUUUUUAAUAGUCUGAGGACAAACUUCUUUUCCAGCUAUUAUUUGAAUUCUCUGCCAUAGCCGACAUUCAGUUAAAAGACACUGGUCAAUUGUUUCAAAGUGUUAGAAUCCAUGUUCCGUUAAUAAUAUUAUUUUCCAUCACCCCUAUGAACUGGAUUUUUAGGUCGCUUUUCGGUUCGGAUUUUGAGACAAAUGAGGUCUGACUAGAGCAAAAGGCACCUUCUAUUCAACAGAAGGCUUUUAUAAUGAAGGAAAGUCUAUUAGCAAGUCGUGCGAAGCGAACAAGGCCACUUUUGUAGACGCAUCAUCUUUUCGUUGCUCUAUAACAAGUUUUUAUGACCUAAUUGUCAAUGCCGACUCCGGCCAAGUUUAUUUCCAUUCCGUCUUCUGCUUUGGUCGCAAACGUCCAGCUUUUCUACAAAAACUAAAUAGAUAUCUACCCUUGCGGCAAAAUCCCCGUCGAAAUCUACCUUAGCUCCAACGCGUGGGACACCUACAAUGGUCGUAACCGCUCAAUUAACAUUUACAGCUAACCCUACUAACUGGAUAUCUACCCCGGCUGCAAAAACCCAGAUGUUACCUACCGUGGCUCCCACGCAGGUUAAAACGGUCUUAGCUGCUCAACUGACGCCUUCAGCGGUCUCAACCACACAAUUGACAGCUACCGCCACUCCAGGCAUCCAGUCGACUGGAACUCCGGGCUUCAGGGUGACUGUUGUCACCAGCGCUGUUUUUGGAGCAGGUACAGACGCCUUAUUAUACAUCGAGCUCAAGGGCACUGACGGAAGAAAAUCGGGGAUGACUGAGAUAGUUAGCAAGCAGAAAGAUUUCGAAAGAGGCAGGUAAGUUCAAUAGGCCACUUUCGAGUUCCAAAAACCCUCACUUUCAAAAUGAGGCUAGGUGUACAAGCUUUAUUGUUAAAAUGAGUUUUAUUUGCAGGAGAAUGAAAAAUGAUUUCCAUAUUAAAGGCUGAGCACCUACCCUCGUUUUGAUACAGAGGCCCGGGGGAACUCGGAAAUGGCUUAUUCCGAGUGAUAGACUCUGACUGGCAACCUUUCGGAGGGAUGGGUGCUUUUAGAUUGCAAUACAGUGCUCGAUGCAAUUUAUUCAGGCAACAUAUCUUUAAUUCACGGCCAACGGGGAUCAAUUUAUUCGAAGAAUUCAGUUGAACAACUUCUUAUAAGGCCCCGUCCACACAAAUCCAAACAUUUUUGAACCCGCACAAUUUAACCCGCACUCUGAAGAGCAAUCUCGUAUCCACAGUCCUCCGCCUCUUUGGUCAGCGGGUGGUCGACUUUGGUACUUACGUCAUGUAUUUACAGAGUAACAAGCUAAUAACGUAACAGAGUCAGACAAGGUGACAUAGUAACAAAAGUAAGGACUAAAACACUGGAACAAUGGCUACAAUGGAUUCAAGUAAAGUCGGUACAAUAUAUGUCCCCAUACAUCAAUUACCUACCAACUUUACGCAGCUAUCCGCUGACCAAAGAGCCCGGGGAAUUGUUUGAAGGGCGGUUUCAAAUUUCAGUGGUAUCGUGUGGACUUAAGGCCGAUUCAUAUUACAGAAUAUGUGGUUAAAAAAAAUAGCCGGAAUCGUUUGGACGAGGCCUUAACUGGAAACCCUAUUCGUCAUUUUUUCCUUUUUCUUUUAUUUGCGUGCCAUCGUGAAAUUACUUAUAAUUUUACAUGGAAAGCUAUCAAAUAGAACGCAAUAAAACGCAAAUUCGUGAAGCGUUCCAGAUUGUUUUUUCGUGCAUAUGAUCAUAUUCAUAAAGAUAUUUGCGCGCUAAAACGAAUUUUUCAAUUAUUAUUAUUAUUAUUAUUAUUAACAAAUUUUGUGAUAUAGUCUGAAAAAUUUACAUUCUGGUCAUGACUUAAUUCCUAUUAAAAACCAAGCUACCUGAGUUUUGUCCGAAUUUUGUUUUUCUAAGUAUCAUUUCAAAAAAGUCCACAGUAUAACUCAGCAAAGACUUCUCCAGCCUUGAACCCGAUGAUUAAAAACCAACCCUCGAUCAUGUGCUUAUGAAAAAAUGCUUUCCUUAACUUCGUUUCUCUUCUUUUAUUUGGAUGACGUAUCUGCUCGAUGAUUUUGGCAGUUUACUAACUAUGGAAUAUUGAACUUAACAUCUUAGCACGGAUCACUUUACAGUGGAGUUUCAAGAUGUAGGGAUCAUUAACCAAAUUGCAAUCGACUUGGUAACGACCUACAGCAUCGGCGAGGGCUGGACAGUUGACGAGGUAGGCCUAAUGAAACUAUAAGCAUAUCGACAGGUAGCCCCGUUAUUGCCGACAUCCUCGGAACCACUUGAGAGGGCCGUUUAGCAUCACUUCAGUAUCAAAGGGCCAACGUCAGAUUCAAGUUGACGACUUCGAUUCUCACAUUUGGAUAUAAGAGGAUAAAAACUGGCCAAAAUAAUUCUUACUGGUGAAUGGCAUGAAACUACUCAGUACCUUAUUGUGUAGGUGUACUCAACUUUACACGACAAGAGGAAUAUUUCGGCCACGUGAUACAAUUCGACGAUCGCCGUAAAACAUGCGGAAAUGUAAUGAUUAGACUCGUUUAUCUACUUCUUACCCAGAAAAAUUUCAUAAACGAUUGAUUGAAGUAACGAGCGUAACAGAUAUACCAGUCAGAUUCGCAGUUGGUUCCUAGUAACCAGAGUUAGAAAAAUAAAUAGGAGAGACGGAUUUAGAGCGAUUUUCGUAUGACCUUGAAAAAUGGCUACGGUAAGUGUUCGUUAUGUGUUUUAAGAGUCAAAUGAAAAGAUCAAAACAUGGCCUUUUCAUUUUCUCGCCAAAGAAAACCCUAAUAUGGUGAAGGCAUUGUUCGAUUGGCCAAUCGUGUUGCAAUAUGACGUCAAAGAGAAGUAUCGGUUAAUUUCUAGAAAAUUCUCGGGCAGCCGAGCGUUCGCUUAG